GAUUGCGAGCGAUUGCCGUCUGUGACCGGUCUGUGAGUAGGAGCUUCCGGUAUUCUGGUAGUUUCUGCCCAGUAGAGUUGACCAGGAGCGACGGUCAAGGCCAAAACCGGAGGAGGCACCGCGGAUGAUUUAAGAUUAUUAGACAGGAACGAAUAUUUGCAGGGAGCUUUGAAAUGCUUCUUCUGGUAUUUUUAGUCUGGUCGUUUGUGAAUCCCUCAUCAUGUUUUUUCAAUGUUUACCCCAAAAUAAAACAGAUUUCCUUUAAAGGGGAUCCCGGAGAACCCCUAUAUCUUACUCCGCUGAUAGAAGCCGGUAAGAUAAAGGAAGCACAAAGUGCGGCAAACGUUGGCCCGCUGAAAGGAGCAGAGAACAUUACUAGCUUUUCAGGCUAUCUUACAGUGAACAAAAAAUUCAACUCUAAUUUAUUUUUCUGGUUCUUCCCAGUUGAGAGUAAUAAUUAUCCAUCAGCUCCUGUAGUUCUAUGGUUGCAAGGAGGUCCUGGGUCAUCAUCAUUAUUUGGUCUAUUUACAGAAAAUGGGCCAUUUUCAGUAAACAGCAAAUAUUAUUUGAAACUCAGAAAGUAUUCUUGGACAAAAACUCAUUCUGUCAUAUACAUUGACAAUCCAGUUGGAACAGGUUACAGUUUUACUGAGAGUGAUGAUGGGUAUGCAAGGAAUGAAACUGCUGUUGGAGAAGAUCUCUAUAAUGCUCUCUUGCAGUUCUUCCAGUUAUUUCCAGAAUUACAGCAAAGUGAAUUUUAUGUUACAGGAGAGUCAUAUGCAGGCAAAUAUGUGCCUGCUCUUUCAUACACUAUACAUACAAAGAAUCCAGGUGCAAAGCAAGUUAUUAAUUUUAAAGGUAUGGCUAUUGGCAAUGGUCUCUGUGACCCUGAGCACAUGCUGAAGUAUGGAGAUUAUCUUUACCAAAUUGGACUUAUAGAUGUGAAUGGAAGGACAGUUUUUCAUAAAAUGGAAGAUGUGGCGAUGAAAUAUAUUCAGGAAAAGAAGUGGAAUGAAGCUUUUGACGUAUUUGAUAAGCUAUUGAAUGGUGAUGUUCACGGUGGAACUGUCCUCUACAACUUGACUGGCUUCAGUUUCUAUUUCAAUUAUUUGCAUCAUAAAGGAGAAGGUAAUGAUGCAUUGGGAACCUACAUUCAGCUUGCCAAGGUGCGAAAAGCUAUCCAUGUAGGCAACUUGACAUUUCACACAGACAACAAAGUGGAAGAACAUCUGAAGCAAGACAUUAUGCAGUCUGUGAAGCCAUGGGUGGAAAUCUUACUCGAGGAGUACAGGGUGCUGAUUUACAAUGGGCAGUUGGAUAUCAUUGUAGCAUAUCCCCUUACACUGGGAUUCUUGCAAGCUCUAGAUUGGAGUGGAGCUGCAGCAUAUAAAACAGCACCAAGGUUGCAGUGGCAUGUUGGUAAUGAUUUAGCUGGAUAUGCAAAAUCUGUAAACCAUUUGACAGAGAUUCUGGUAAGAGAUGCUGGACAUAUGGUUCCAUCAGACCAGUCUAAGUGGGCAUUUGAUUUAAUUAACAGGUUUACUGCUAACAAACCUUUCCACUGAUCCUGAAGAAGCUGUUUACAUUUAUAUAUGUUUCCUUCUUUGGUCUCCCCAGUAAUCACUCAUUUGAAGCUCUUAAUACUUGUGAGGUAACAGUGUCAUAUAUACCUGUACCAAAGUUGUGUUAAAAUUUGGAGCCAUUUAUUUUAAAAUAUUUUAAUUAAUUAUAUUAUAUAUAGUCAGUGGGAUAGCACAGUCGGUAUAGCAACUGGCUACAGGCAGGACAACUGAGGAGUCUGAGUUCAAGUCCGGGUAGGACCAAGAAUUCUCUCUUCU